CCAACCAAACCAACCUCUUCCUCGUUUGUUCGACUUGUCGUUGGUUCUACUGUCUCGCCCACCAAAAUCGGAAAAUGGGGGUGGCGGCGAAAAUAGCACCGUCGAUGCUGUCGUCGGACUUUGCCAACUUGGCGUCGGAGGCCCAUCGCAUGAUCCAAGACGGCGCCGAUUGGCUCCACAUGGACAUCAUGGACGGGCACUUUGUCCCCAAUCUAACACUCGGUGCUCCGGUGAUUCAAAGUUUGAGAAAGCAUACAGACGCGUAUCUGGAUUGUCACCUUAUGGUCACAAAUCCUCUUGAUUAUGUUGAGCCGUUGGCAAAAGCUGGUGCUUCAGGGUUCACAUUCCAUGUCGAGGUAUCCAAAGAUAAUUGGCAAGAGCUUGUCCAUAGGAUCAAGUCCAAGGGCAUGACACCAGGUGUGGCAUUGAAGCCGGGAACACCUAUCGAAGAAGUUUUUCCACUGGUGGAAGGUGAAACUCAUGUGGACAUGGUCCUCGUUAUGACUGUGGAACCUGGAUUUGGUGGACAGAAGUUCAUGCCAGAAACAAUGGAUAAGGUUCGCACACUGAGAAAGAAGUAUCCUUCACUAAAUAUAGAGAAAACAUUCGAUAUGCGGAAUUCCUUUUCUAAAAAUAUGAUUCCCUCGGAAAGGGUAGAUGGUGGCUUAGGGCCUUCAACCAUUGACAUUGCAGCUUCAGCUGGAGCAAACUGCAUAGUUGCUGGAAGUUCAGUGUUUGGAGACCCCGAUCCUGCCAAAGUUAUAUCCCUCUUGAGAACUAGUGUUGAGGAAUCUCAGAAAAAAUAAUUGAUGCUGGUACAUGCACGAUCACAAGUGGGUUGUUCAAAACUAUAUUUAUAGUAUGUAUGUACAUCUAUGAUCUAAUUGAUGUGGUGAUUUUUGAAGGUUAUAUGAAUAUUACUAUAUGUUAAAGUCUUUCUGUUGUGUGUACUAUCAUUUUAUUUGUAUACUAUCUUAAGUAUAAUAAUCCCAGCCAACACUACGAUUGCUCACUUGAGGGUCUUUCACAAAAAUUC